ACCGACUAUACGGUCGCCGAUUGCGAGGGAAAGGCGUGUGAGACGAGUGAUACGGACGUGAAAUACAUAUCGCGAGCCAUUCUGAUCAGCGACGGGUCGAUCAAAAGGGCCGAUACGGAGCACCUGUCGCUCCUACACAUACCGGCGUCGACCGAUAAUAAGGCGCCGGUUUUUCUCAUAGAAGUCGGUUCGUCAGCACUGGUCGCACCCAAAGGCCUUUAUGUGCAGUACUUGUGGUGCGACUCAAUGGGCGAUAACGCGAAACACGAUUUGAUGCCAAUCGUGAAGAAGUUAUACAACUUUACGCCCGAAACGGACGCCCAGAAGCCGAAAGCCCUGUGGAGUGUGUACUUCAACCAGAGGUGCACUAAACCCGUUGUUCCCGAUCUGCCCGCAAAUGUUUACGUCACGACUCCUCCCAUCAAUGAACUAGACUUUGAUUUCGCUAUAAAUGAGGCCCGAACGAUAUUCAAGUCGAUGUACCCGAACGAGGAAUUCCUACCCCGGGCUCCCGAUCCCAAUGAGAUUAUAUUCGAUGGCCCGCAGAAUGAUGUAGAGCUGAAUGAGCCCAACAACCAACCCAUGGCACCGGUAGUUAAUAAUGAGAACAAUUCAAAUAACACUUAACUAUAAUGAUAACAAUUGUGUUAAGAUUGCCCCGAAUGUACUGUCAGUUUAUAUAUAAUGUGAUUAUAAGUGAUUGAUUAGAGAAUUAAUGAUUAUAUACUUUUAUUGUGUAUAUUAUGUCUGUGAAUAUGCUUGUAUUGAAUGUUUAAAAUGGAAAUUAAUUGAAUAUUUUCUCAAAAUAAACCUUUUAAUUAGAAUUAUGCAAACAA